UGGAUUUAGGUCAAUUGGAAUUGGAAUUGUCCUAAAGAGCCGUCACUUCUGAGAGCUGCCGAUUUUGAUGAAUCACAAAACGGUUUUAAGCGGCCAUCCUGGUUAUCAACAACUUCCUGACGGUCAAUUGAUGGGUUGAUAGCUCAGGUAUCACACUCUGCCUUUGUCUCUUAUAAUAUAUAUCUGAAGCCGUCGAAAUGCGUCGACCCUACGUCUUCACUCGCACGUCAUCUUCUCACGCUCGCUACAACCCCAUCCACGACGAGACAGAAGCAAAAAAGGCCGAAGAAAAGCAAAGAUCCCGACGGUCAUUUCCGUUCUUCACUUCUAAUCAGCCCAAAGGCAACGGAACCGUAAAGCCACAACCCCGACAAUCCCAACAACCCAGCUCUCCUCCACGCACAUCCGGUACUUUCCUCGCAACACAUCACAAUACGUAUACGCCCACCAGUAGCACCGACAAUAUAUAUGAAGUCUCCGAGAAGACCAAGGAGCAUACGACUGGUAGACAAAGAAAGCGCUUUUCUAUCCCUACCUUUUCAUCCUUCCGUGCUGAUAACAACGGUGGUGAUCAACUCGAAAUUAACGAUCAGAGCGAUCACAGCAAUCACAGCUCCAAUUUACCAUACAACGACGGAGCAAGCGGAAGCAACCCAUUUCUCCACCAGGAAGACCACUCAAAGAAAGAAAAGAAAAAGAAGAGCCGACGCUUUUCAUAUCUCAACCGUGAAAAGCUAACCCACUCCUGGCAAGAACGCGAAUCAGCCAAACGACAGCAGGCAAAAGAACAGAAAGAGAAAGCCAAAGAGCAAGAAAGAGCGCGAAAAAGAAAUAGCGGUUUGGGAUGGGCAAAGUCCUGGUCAUUUGGUGGUGAAAGAUUUGGGGGCACAAUUUUGGCAGAUGCAAGUGGAGUGACGAUGCCGAUUUUUAGAUGUAAGGGUCCUUGUGGAUUGUCUUGUGGAUUUUAAAUAAUGCUCGGUCAUUGAUUGUGUAUAGCUUGGAUACGAAGGGAUUGGAAAAUGGGGUGCUGGGAUGGCCUUGGCCACACAUGGAGUUUAGAUGCGAGGCGUUGAAGUGGAUAUAUCUGCAGCAUAGACCAUAAAAGGAAAAUAUACAUCCACAGUGACGAGAACACCGGAAAUUGUGACCACAUCUACGGAGGUACCUGCGUACACAUUCCCUUGACCACAAACACGAUUGAAAGUUGGGGUGCCAAA